AUGAAAAUAGCUACGUUUGAUGGUGAUUUCAUCGAGUGCAGAGCAAUACUCGAUUCUGGAUCACAAAUAAACUUAAUCACAGAAAAACUGGCAAGAAAAUUAAAAUUGCAGUUACACUCAUCACCGUUAUGGAUAGAAGGAAUUGGUAGAAGCAAAAGGGACACAAAAUACAGUGUGACAACAAAAAUUCAGUCUCGAAUUAAUGAUUUCAAUGUAAAUAUCAACGCAUUCGUGAUGCCUCGAAUUAUCUCAGCCCAACCAACACAGUGUCUGGACACUUCUGGUUGGUCAAUUCCUCAAAAUAUAAAAUUGGCUGAUCCAGACUUCGCGAAUCCAAAUCAAAUUGACUUAUUAAUUGGAGCAGAAUUCUAUCACAGCUUUUUAUCGAUUGGUCAAAUCAAAAUAGGUGAGGGUCUACCUGCACUUCAGAACACGGUUUUCGGAUGGAUAUGCAGUGGCAAAGUUAGCAACGGUAAUCAAAAAUUACUUACCUGUGGCAUGUGCAGCGAAGCUGACGACGAAGCAUUGGAUAAUAUACUUACUAAAUUCUGGCAAUUGGAGGAAAUCAAUCAAACGGAUGACAAAUUCACUGAUGCAGAAAAGAAAUGUGAAGAAUCUUUUGCUCAAAAUACUCACCACAAUCAUGAAGGGCGAUUUGUCGUGAAACUACCAUUUAAGGAGGAUACAACUGUUCUUGGUGAAUCCAUGCAGAUGUCGAUGAAUCGGUUUUUUAGUCUUGAACGUCGGCUUUUGAAGAAUUCUGAACUAAAGAAGAUAGCAGCGCCGUAUCUGGCAACUAAGUGUCUACAAACCCUGGCCAGAGAGCAUGCCGUUAAAUUUCCGCUUGGUUCCGCUACACUCAGCAAGGAUUUUUAUGUCGAUGACGGUUUAAGUGGCUCAGACAGUCUCACGGAGGCAAUUGCAACAAAGGAUCAACUUAUUAAAAUAUUGGCGACAGCUGGUUUCAAACCUCGCAAGUGGUGCGCAAAUAAUGCCCAAUUACUUCAAGGACUCGCUCCAGAAGAUCAAGAAGUUGAUCUCGAUGUCAGCAGUGAGUCACAUAAGACAGUAAAAACUCUAGGCCUUAUCUGGCUACCAAAAUCUGAUCAAUUUUCAAUAAAAACUAACGGACCUACACACAGCAAAAUAACAAAGAGGACCGUAAGUUCCUCCGAGUUGGCGCACAUUUUUGAUCCACUUGGAUUAAUGGCUCCCGUAGUAGUGAAGGCGAAAAUAUCUGUUCAAAGAUUGUGGCAGUUAAAACUUUCGUGGGAUGAAGCUCUGCCUGCUGAAAUGCAUACUCAAUGGACCCAUUUUCGUCAGUGCUUAUGUGAAAUAAACAAUGUGAAGAUUCCACGACAUAUAUUUCAUCAUAAACAACCAAGGAAUACUCAGAUUCAUGUAUUUACUGAUGCCAUUUACAUCAGAGCCGAAAUGACUGAUCGAACUAUUUCAGUUCAGUUACUUUGUUCAAAAUCACGCGUCGCUCCAUUAAAAACGCAGACAAUACCAAGACUUGAGUUAUGUGCGGCUUUACUAGGAGCACAAUUGGUAGUAAAGGUAAAAAAGGAUUUGGAAUAUGAACAUCAUCCGAUAUAUAUGUGGACUGUUUCUGAGAUAACAUUGCAUUGGAUCAAUUCAGAACCAUCAACAUUCCAAACUUUCGUUGCUCAUCGUAUCAGUAAGAUUCAGCAAUUAACACUAAAGGAACAGUGGAGGCAUGUCAAUACUAAACAAAACCCAGCUGAUUUAUUAUCCAGAGGUGUAGAUCCAAUUUACAUUCAGAAGAAUGCAAUGUGGUUUUAUGGGCCACUUUUCCUUCAUGGAAAUCAAGAAUGCUGGCCCCAACCAUUCCGUCAGGAAUUGAUAACAUCCGACCAUAUACAAGCGUAA